CGACGGUUUCACUUCCGGGCGGCAGCCGGUGCGCGGAUGGCGGCGGCGGGUGGCUCGGGCCCAGCUGGCCCCGGGGGAUUGGGGGCGGCCGGCCCCGGCGGGGGCUGGGACGGGGACUUCCUGGCGCGGUACCGGCUGGUGUCGGCCAAGCUGCGGAAGAGGUUCCUGCGGAAGCCGAACGUGUCGGAGGCGGCGGAGCAGUUCGGGGUGCUGGCCCGGGAGCUGCGGGCCCAGGAGAGCCUGCCCUACGCCGCCUGGUGCCAGCUGGCCGUGGCCCGCUGCGCCCAGAGCCUCUUCCACGGGCCCGGCGAGGCGCAGGCCCUGACCGAGGCCGCUCGCCUCUUCCUGCGCCAGGAGCGGGACCUGCAGCAGCGGCUGAGCCUGAGCGGCGGCUUCGCCGAGCAUCUGCAGGCCUCGCACAGCUGCUUCGCCUUCGCCGCCCGCCUGCACCUGGAACUGGGGCAGCCGGCGCUGGCGGCAGGCCUUUGCCUGGAGCUGGGCUCGGCGCUACGGGACAUGGAGCAACCUGGCCAGGCCGCCCCGCACUUCCAGCGCGCUGCCGAGCUGCUGGCAGCCGCCGAGCUGCCCCUGGAGGCGCUGCGCUGCCUGGGCGAGCUGGCCUCCUGCCUGCUGCUCACCCGCGACUACGACGGGGCCCUAGCAGCGCUCACCCAGGCGCAGCUGCUGGCCCAGGCCGGGCCCAGCCCGCCCAGUGGUGCCUUCCUGGAGGUGUUGGUGCGCUGCGAGGUGUCCCGGGUGCUGCUCCUCCUGCUGCUCCAGCCGCCACCGCCCAAGCUGCUGCCCGAGCAUGCCCAGACCCUGGAGAAAUACUGCUGGGAGGCCUUCGAGAGUGGGGCGGGGGCUGGGCAGCUCCCCCAGGCAGGGUACCUGCCCCCUGGCCUCUUCCUCCUGCUGCAGUCCACUGUCAUGGCCUGUCAGGAGAAGGACCUGGAGGCGCUCAAGGUGCUGCAGGCAGAGCUCUGGCCGCUGCUCAGCCCUGAACAGAACCACCUGCUCCACCUGGUGCUUCAAGAGAUGAUCAGCCCCUCUGGGCAGGGGGCCUGAGUCCCCCCAGGCAGACUGGCUUCAGUUGCCUGCUGCCACUUCCAUAGGGGAGUCAGUCUCCCACCAGAAAGAGAGGCCUGCCCCACCCACCUGCUGCUGCCUUAGUGGGACUAGAGAGAUAGGCCUUGUCCAUCUUCAGCUGCCAUCUCUAUGGCACUAUCUGCCAUCUCCACAGAGACUAACUGCAUCUUCACUGAUCUGUUGCUAUCUCCCUCAUAUAGCCUGAAACCCUCACCAAGCAUCACCAGAGAAAUUAACCUUGUACACCUACUCCAACCAUCCACAGGAGAGAUGAGACCCAUCUGCUACGCUGAGGAAUGGCCUUUCCCCUGUGCUGCCAGCCACAGGAGUCUAAUCCCAAUAGGAUCACCACCAACAUGACUUGUUUCACCCACCAUGGGAUUCUGUUUCCCACAGUAGCCACAUGGAGGGUUGUUCCAUUUUGGCUCAUCACCACUACAAAGCCUUGGUUCAUCUCCCUGCUACUAUCCGCAUGUAGGAAAGGACUAUGUGAGCUAAAGACUAUUUUCCUAUUGGGGACCAGGAACUUGGACAUGCCAACACUUCCUAUUAACUACUUCUCGUUAUAGAGACCUUUCCUUUCUCAGCCCCAGUGCAGCCUCUUUGCCAUUCUCCUCUCAUUCACAGAUUUGAGACACCUGCUACUGCAGGAGAUGACCUGAUCCAUUAGAAACUGUGUAUGUAAACUACUACAGUUUAAGGUAGUAAGAGGCUGGAUUCUUGCCAUUUUUUAUGAAGAUACUACAAAUGGCACUCAUUUUCCAAACAGUCCACAAACGCCAGGAUUCAGUCUUUCAGAUUAAAAUUCUCGCAUUUGGAGAUGUAAUGACUAGUGCAUUUUUUCUGUAUCUGUUUCAAAAUGAGACUGGUUUUGUAUCAGUGUAAUUCACAUGUGAGCAAGCUGGUAAAAAUACCAGUUUCUCUUUAAGAUGCUAAUUCAAAAAAAGUAACUAAACAACUCUUUCCAUUUAAAAACUAAAUUGGAAGCUAAAAUUUUAUUCUGUACCUUCUGCUCCUGGUUCUGUUUCAAUGUUGGCAGCUGUUGCCUAAGAGUUGUACUUUCUAACUACCUGGCUCUCGGUCCUAGCUCUUCCUCUGUUAAUAUUAUGCUGUAGCUAGAACUCUGGAGACACCAAUGUAUCCUGAAGCCUUCUAGUUCUUUAAGAUGUAAUUCAGUAAAUAUUGUAGACUUUUAAAAUUGUUUACUGCUCAAAGCAAAUAUCACUAGCUACAACCUAGGCAAUGUGGGGAGUCAUUGCUGCUGGCUCUUUAGCUUCACUACCUUGUUGGUUUCAUUCAACAAGUAGGUAAAGAUGGAUGUAAUAUGUUUAAUUUUAGCAUUUGCUACGGAUACUGUAUUACUUUACAUAUCAGGCCUGUUACAGCAGUUUAAAAGGAUUGUAUUGGUGUAGGGGGAACAUUUACCUAUAACUUUGGCCCUCAGAUAUGUUUUUGCAACUCCUUCUAAGGUGUAUAGGAGUUGUGCAAAAUUGAGCCUUGAUGUAUAUCUGAAAAGCACGUGAACUUUGAUUAGUUUAAUACUUUUAACAUUAAUUUUUCCAUUUUAAUGAUAAAGAGAAUUGAUAAGACCCUUUCUGUGGUCUAAUGAACUAAACCGGGCCUAGAAGCCAUAGAGUUCUGCACUGUGACACUCUAGUCUGACAAAUCAUUUAAUCUUUGUGGGCCAGCUUUCCUACUUGAAUUUCUAUUUCCAUUUUACAAAUUGCUGGUGUAAAUUUAAUGUUUGUAUGGCACUUCUUAUGUGCUGAAAAAUGAUGAUGCCCUGAGAAGAGCAUGUUGCUGGCCAUCUUCUGGAAAGAAUGUUUUCCUGCUGAGGAUGAACUUUAGUUGCCCCUUUCUGGGGUGGGUUCCCUUUAAUUGUUUCUUUAGGAUCCAUAAAUACGAUGUUUUUUUCUUUUUGCGAGUGGGAUUACCUUUUACACAAAUAGAACCUUGUGGACCUUAAGCUAAGUAGUGUUCCUACUUAACAUGGUCUUCUGGGUGAAUAAAAGUGAGGCUGUUUUGGAAGUGGCAUAAAAAUACUUCAAGCCUAUACUGUAGUAAGUGGAGACAAAACAUCCCUGUAAAACACUGGAAAUUGAUGGGUAUUUUGUCUUUAUUUUGCUUUAUGUGCAACUGCAAACUGAUUUAUACAUAUAAAAGUGAACUUUACAUUAUUUCUUAAAUGUUUUGAAACGUAAUUUUUACUGGCAAGUUUUGAAAUCAUCAGUUCAUUCACUGAUGUAUGACUCUAAUGAAGCAUCUAUGUACUGGAACUCAGAA